AUGAAAGUCGCUGUGACGGGAUGCACGGGGGACGUCGGGAAACGCGUCGUGAUCGUCGCCCUGAAGCAGGGAUACUCCGUCGUAGGCAUUGACAUGACACCGGCCAAGGACGUGGAGUUCAACGCAGAUCCAAACUUCAAGUUCGUCCAGGCAGACCUGCGAGACUACGAUGAAACGUUGGAGGCAAUACGAGGAUGCGAUGGAGUUAUUCAGCUUGCUGGCGUGCGAUGGCCUGCAGACUAUGUGGCUACGACCCACAACACCAACGUGACUAUAACAUGGAAUGUCUUGCGCGCUGCAGCAGAGCUAGGAAUUAACAGGAUCGCUCAAGCCUCCUCCGUCAAUGUGAUUACCCUCGUGUUCGCCGUGCAAAACAAGUUCGAAUAUUUCCCCAUCGACGAGGACCACCCCGCUGAACCGGACGAGCCAUACGGCCUGUCGAAACUGAUCUGUGAGAUCCAAGCGGACGCGAUCGUGCGGCGAUACCCUUCUAUGCGUGUUGCUAGCAUUCGCUUGCACUGGUCGGUCCCCACACGCGAGGCCGCGACGCGCGACGAUCCAGCAAGGAGAGCCAAAGACCUCUGGGGCUGGGUGCAAGAGGACUCCGGUGCGGAGGCAUUCUUGCUGGCGGUAUUCGGGGAAACCGGUAAAUGGUCAGGGCACGAGAGGUUCUUCGUCGCAGCGCCAGACAUAGCGACGAACGAGGAGACGAUGGGUUUGAAAGAUCAGUUUUGGCCGGACGUGCCGAUACGAGAUGGACAUGAUCUGAGCGGGAGAAAGAGCUUCUUCGACUGCUCAAAGGCGGAACGGCUGCUUGACUGGGUUCAUAGGGUGCCAUGA